UGCUUGAACGUACACAAAACAAAACAAAAUUGAAGAAUUACGUGAGAAAAGUGAUAAAUGUAAUUGUAGGAAUAAUUGUUGCUUAGAGUCAUCUUUUGUGGUGCUGAGUGUUUCUUGGUAUGGAACUAUUGAUGUUCCUGCUCUUGUCAUCGGUAAUAUUUUCCCAAGAUUGUAAGAGCCAGGACCCUAAUACCGAACAUUUUCUGCCGAUUUAUCCAGUCUACCCGUACAGUCCAAACUUCAUGAAAAGAGGCUCUGAAAGGAAUGUGUCUACACUAAGAGCACAAAACUCAUUUCUUCAAAAGGAUGUCUCUAGAGAUUCUAAUGCGUCCAGUUUUGGUCAAAAUUUUUCAAGGAAACAAUAUAAUCCCAACUUUUUCUCUAAAACCCCAUUACCGUCCCAAAAUUUACCUUUCUCUGCCCCCUACGUCCCGACUUCAUUUGGUUCCACACCUUUCGGUGCCUCUUCUUUUAGUCAAUUUACUUUUAGGCCAAAUCCUAUUGGCACUUUUCCUUUCAAUGCGAACCCUUUCUAUUUAAACCCCUACAAGACUCAAAAUUCCUUCUCUAGUUAUCAGAACUCACCGUUGACACAAUCUCCACAACAAUCACUUUUUCCUAACGUUAAUCCCAAUUUAUAUCAGCCACCAGUAUCUGUACCUAAUUUCUACAACCAAUAUCCACCAUCAGUUCGACCAGCAGGCGCUGAUGAGAGGAAGCGCCAAAAUGCUGACAAGUUAAAAUACAAGGAAUCUGAUAGUGAAGAGUUGAAGGGCAGCCAGUUCAAAGAUGGGGCUAACUACUUGACUCGCAACAUCAAAGAUUUGGACGGACAAUCUGCAAGUUUGGGCUACCCUUCAACUGCUUAUAUUAAACCUUAUCAGUUGGAACAAUUCAUGAUACAAACUUUGAUUAAGUUACUUCCUCAGAAUGUUGCUCAACAAGUGAAUCAAUCAAGUCAAAGAAGCCAAAUUCAAUAUCCAAUUUAUCAAACUAGUUCAAACAUUCAGAAUUCACCUAAUCAUGGCACGGUAACCAAGGAUGGACAAUCCUAUAUUUCAGUUCCCAACGUAAUAGCAAAAACUGCGUCGUCUUAUGUUGUGAAUCCUACAGUCAUAACUAAAUCUAUCAUCCAAGUUAGUCCUGGACAGGCUCAUCAGACACAAGCAAUAAUCGGGAAAAAUUCAAGAUCACCCACAUUCAGAGGCAGAGCCAUCUCAGGUGAAUCAGAAUUUUCAAACAUCAGAGUAUCAAGAUCAGAAACGAAAAAGCAUCUCUGAGGGCCAAAAUCGAAUAACAACUUCUCAAACGCCCAGUUACAACUUUUUAAAUUACUUACGAACACCAAUUCCAAGAUCUGAUUAGGCAAAUUUAAACAAUACUUUUUUCUAUUAGCUUUGGUAAUACGCAGAAAGAAAAAUGAUGUAUAUAAGUUAAUGGAAAUAAAGAGAAUUUUUUGUUAUUUUGUGUUUAGCUUACAAAUAGACUGAUUAAUGAGGUAAUCAGGAAAUGUUGGAUUAGAUUCAGAUGGCAAAAUUGUGAUUUAGAGUGGUAGACGUGGAUUUUGUUUAAAUAUAAGGAAUUAAAGUAGUAAAAUACAUGAGGAAACGAUAUAAGAAUAUUUAAAAAAUUAUCUUUGUUAUUUGAGAUUCGCCCCUAGAAUACCAUGAUUUUCUAAUUGAGUAUUUAAUUAUUUUUAAAUGUUUAACGAUAUUACUAGUAUUAUAAAAUUGACUAAGGAGACAGAAUUUAAGUGGUAUUUUUACAUAAUUACUUAAGUUAUUUGAAUGAUUUCACUUGUUGUAAUAUUUACAAAAUCUCAAAGUAAUGUAGUAUAGGCAGAUUCAUUACUAUGCUUCUACAUUUUAUACCCGAUGCAUGGCUACAUGAGGCUGAAACAAAUUGUAUUAGGAACAUCCUCGAAUUUUUGAAAGGGUGUUACGCUUAAGAAAUAUAAAUUGAAUACAUUUUUGCUCUCACUUAUAAAA